AUGCCCGUGUGUGCGCCUCUUUUGGACCUUUCAAAUGGGUGCAAGAUCCCUUCCAUUGGGCUUGGUACCUUUAAGACCACUGAUAGUGCACUUGUGCAGCAAGCAAUAUCCACUGCUCUCGACGCUGGUUACCGACACAUCGACACAGCCUUUAUCUACUCCAACGAGGCACAAAUAGGUACCGCGUUAAAGUCGAAAAUGGCUGAAAUGGGGAUCGCUAGAGAGGACAUCUUCAUCACCACUAAGCUUUGGGGCACAGAACAUCAUCCGCAUGAUGUGAGACCGGCAUGUGAAGCAAGUUUGCGUAGAUUGCAACUGGAUUAUGUGGACCUCUACCUUGUACAUUGGCCCGUUCAUUUGUCAGACACAUGGAAAGCCAUGGAGGCUUUAGUAGACGCUGGUUUGGUGCGCAGCAUUGGUUUGUCCAACUUCAACCGCGCUCAGAUUGAUCGCAUCUUUGCAGUGGCGCGUAUCAAACCAACUGUGCUACAGAUUGAGUCGUCUAUAGCUUUCCUCAAUGAAAAACUAGUUGAAUAUGCGCACUCAGUAGGCUUAGUAGUCACUGGAUAUGCACCCUUUGGAUCGCCAGGAACUUCACCAGAGCUUCCAAAUCCAUUGGAGAUUCCAUGCGUGGUUGAGAUUUCCAAACGUCAUUGCAAAACACCCGCCCAGAUCCUCAUCCGCCAUGGCAUUCAGCGCGGUCUCGUGGUCAUUCCCAAGAGUGGCACACCUCAGCGCAUUUGUGAGAACAUUGACGUAGGCAGUCGGAUUUGGUCCUCAUCAUUUCCUUCAACCCCUCCAUUGCCUUCUAUCCAAGUCUUCAACUUUGAACUCUCUGCGGACGAACUGGCAAAGUUGAAUGCCGCGGAGCCAAAUCAGUGUCGAAGAUUUGCACUGAAAUCGUGGGCUGAUUUGCCGGAGUACCCCUUCCAUGAUGAAUUUUGA